AUGACCACCAGAAGCAAGUCUUCUUCGGGGAACCGAGCCGACACUCGUUCUCUGGGUCCGGGAUUUACACUGGCUGCCAGUCUCAACCUUCCACCAUAUAAUCCUUGUGCCUGGUUCCAAAAGGAAGGCCUGACCCCUGCACAAGCAGCCCUCCGCAAAUCCAACGAAGAUCUUGCUCAUUGUCUUGCAAAGCUCAAGGCUAAUGCAACCCGCCUCCAACGUGAGAUCUUCCUCCUCCAACGACACGUCAAAGAAUUCCAACACCCGCUGUUCGAAACCUGGGAGGCGGAUAUAUUGACUCGUCUUAUUGAGGUUGCCCAUGCCCAUCAGCCAAACAAGAUGAAAAAAGGAAUCGCCAUCGGUCUGGGCAGCAGUGCGAACCCUGAGAUGGUCUCACUUGCGUAUAUCAAUGCUGCCAAGCAGGUCCAGGAAGAGACUUUGGACCAGCUUGGUCUCUCGUUCCAGCAUCAUCAGGCGAUCCGUCGGUACGAAGAGGUAAGGAAGUGCCUCUUCAGUUCUCAUGAGCGCUUGCAGGUGCAUGGGAAACCAGAGUAUUCGGACUUCCAUUUUACUGCCCCAUGCUUACACUUAGCACAGAUCGCAGCGUAUCGGAGUCCUAAUCCGUUCAAAACCGAAACACCCUUUGCGAAAUGGCUGGUCGAGGAGAAGAACAACCGACCGGACAAGUAUGCCUUUUGGUCGAAGCUCUACCCAAUCUGCUACGGUCGCUCAGUCGAGCAGAGCUCCGCCAUCUUCUGA